UUUGUACUCUUUAUUUUUUAUACGCUUUGCAGGACGCAUGCUAAUGUGGAUGAUCUUACCACCAGGCACAGUUUUCAUGCCUACAAUACAAGGGGGAACCGUAGAUUGGACGUACCGUACCAGAGGCUGAGCAGGACACGAACUGGCCUUGCCCACCUGUCUGUGAAACUCUUCAACAAGCUGCCAAUAGCGGCAAAAUACCUGUCGACCAGGGGAUUGCUGGUGGAGAACCCAUUGUAUUCCAUCAGUGAGCUCUUAAUGUUGGACAACACGCUGAUCGUACCAGAGCGGCAUUAUGGUUGCAAAAGUUGAGAAGUAUAGACAACGAUGAGCAGAAGAAGCUGAGAAACGAGCAUCUAAAGUUGCUGUUGUUUGCCCUGCAUCGACGGAGUAUGCUCAGUGUCUUCGAGAAGCCUCCACCCGAAGAACUCGAGUCAUUCCACGAUGGACUCACGCUACUGGAAAUGACUCGAGAACUCAUAGAACUGACUGAAAAAAAGCAUGCCGGGGGAGAUAACAGUGGAGAAUGUCCUCUGCCUCCUGUAUCUACCAACAUAUCAGCUGAUCUGAAGGAGUACUGCUCCACACAGUCUAUUCCCAAGUUUGGGGCACAUGUUUACUAUGCUGUCUCCAAUGAGCCAAUCCAGAUGUGGUCCAAAUCACCCAACUGUAUCUGUCCGGAUGCUUCCGAUGUUCCAAAUCCUCUCCAGUGGGAACUGACGCUAUCAAGACUUACUGAUCAUGUGCUUGAGAAACAGGCUGAAGCAGAUAGACUGGUAGCGGAGGCCGAGAAAGGGGACAAGUCAGAGAUGCUGAUGAAAGAGCAUGAUGACACACACAUCUUGCCCAAGAUAGAGGCAGGUCAGGUGACCAUAGAAGAGGCUCCAUUUAGAUGGAAGCCUGACUCGAUUCUCAUACUACACAACAACUAUGACUUCUCUGAAGUUGGCGUAGCUGAAGACUUGGAUGAACAAGGCAAACUGCAACUGGAGCUGGAUGAGGAAGCUUUUGGUAUAUUGGACCACAGCUUACCAGGCAGACAGAAAGUGAUAGUUCGGGACCCCUACUACAAGGGAAUGCCACCUGAUAUCACAGAACGCAGAUAUCACGGAGUUGUCGAUGAUUUUAGCUCAAGUUCAUCAUCAGAUGAAAUGGAAUCUUUUCAAGCAAUGGGCUCUACCAACUACACACAAGAUGGAGUGCAAGAUCGUACCAGAGCAGCAAUAUGGUUGCAAAAGUUGCGUAGUGUCACAAAUGAUGAGCAGAAAAAGUUGAGAAACGAGCAUCUGAAGUUGCUGCUAUUUGCCCUGCAUCGACGGAGUAUGCUCAGUGUCUUCGCGAGGCCUCCACCCGAGGAACUCGAGUCAUUCCACGAUGGACUCACGCUACUGGAAAUGACUCGGGAGCUUAUAGAGUUGACUGAGAAGAAGCAAGCCGGAGUUGAGAACAGUGGAGAAUGUCCUCUGCCUCCUGUAUCCACCAGCAUAUCAGCUGAUCUGAAGGAAUACUGUGCCUCCCAGACUAUUCCCAAGUUUGGGGCACAUGUUUACUAUGCUGUCUCCAAUGAGCCAAUCCAGAUGUGGUCCAAGUCACCCAACUGUGUCUGUCCAGAUGCGUCCGAAAUUCCCAAUCCUCUCCAGUGGGAGCUCAGGCUUUCAAGGCUUACUGAUCAUGUGCUGGAGACACAGGCUGAAGCGGACAGACUGGUAGCAGAGGCCGAGAAAGGUGACAAGACAGAGAUGCUGAUGAAAGAGCAUGACGAUACACACGUAUUGCCCAAGAUAGAGGCAGAUAUGGUCGCAAAAAAAGAGACUCCAUUCCAGUGGAAGCCUGACUCCCUCCUCUUACUCCAUCAAUAUUAUGACUUCACAGAUGUCGGCGUAGCUGAAGACCUAGAGGAGCAAGGUAAAAUGCAGUUGGAGCUUGACGAGUUGGCAUUAGAGAUUGUGGGCCACAGCUUACCAGGCAGGCAGAGGGUGGUCGUGAGAGAGCCCUACUACAAGGGAAUGCCUCCUGAUUUCUCUGAGAGGAGGAAUCACGGAGUUGUCGAAGAUUUUAGCUCGAGUUCAUCUUCAGAUGAGAUGGAAUCUUCACAAGCAAUGGGCUCUAACAACUACACACAAGAUGAAACAAGAAUACAAAAUGGAAUAGAAAACCAAAAUUCCACUUUAGACAUGUCAACGAGAAACUUGUCUACGACAUCAAACGGCAAUCUCGGCCCUCUGGCCAGAAAGUACCUACCACCUUCCAGCAAAUCUCGGUUUGGAUUACACCUGGACAACGACACAGACGAAUAUAAAGUCGGGGAGAUGUCGGUCAGUUUUGAGGGAGACGAUAUUUUGAUUGAUUUUGAUGGAAAAACUGAGCGUUACCCGGGUACAGAGGGUCUGUGGCUACUUAUGACAAAAGAUGUGGAGGAUAUAGAUUACAAGAAGAACAAUUUCACAAAUUCGGAUUGGAACGUUUAUAAGGAGAUAAUUAUACGGGCUAAUCCUAACAGGGGUGAUAGCGCUGGUAUGACACAGUUUUGUUUUUUGAGUUUUGCUUGUUAUCUGUUCAAGAAGUGGAUGUGGCAGGUGAAUGGGGGAGAGGAGGAGGGUAAGAGUGGAGGGGAUACGUUUGAUGUGAACGAUGAGGGAUGUUAUUUCUAGAGGAGGAAGGAGAAUAGAGAAGCAGAAGAGAAGUGAAAAGAAGAAGAAGAAAGAAAAUCAGGGGAGUAUCAACAAUAAUUUUCUGAACAUCUUGAUCUCUAAUUCAGCUGCAAAUAUGAUGCAAUCAAAUCCCUGUCACUGUUAUAUUAUCAGUUUUAUGUCAUUAAUCCAACAGCAUAGGAGAAAAUGAAAGAAGACUAGAAAAGCGAAGGAGUAAAAAUUAGAGGAGAAAAUGGAAGAAAAGGAGAGAUAAGAGAAGAGGAGUAAAUGAAAGAAGAGGAGAGAAAAAUAAGAUGAGAGAAAGAAAGAAGAGGAGAGAAAAAAGAAGAGGAUAAUCAUAAUGUGAGGACAAUAAUAUAAUGUGAAGGAUUCUUCUCAAUAUACUCCUAAUAAUGAGGUGGAUUCUCAUUCUCCUCAAAAAUCUUCUCAAUAUACUCCUCAUAAUAGGAAGAAAUCCCCUUAUAAAUCUUUUUAUAAUUUUCUCCUUAUAAUGAGAAGAAUAUUCUCCUUGUAAUUUCCCUUAUAAUGAAAAGGAUGCUCCUUAUAAUUCUCUUCUUAUAAUGAGACGGAUUCUAUUGAUAUAGACGAUGAUGGAUGUUAUUUCUAGUGGAAAUAAUAAAUCUCAUUGACUGUUA